GGAUUGAUACUUAGAGUGACCGUGUGACAAUGCACCUGCAUUCUCCGGCGGUGCUGCCCGUGAGUCUCGCGGUACUACUGCUGUCGCUACUGGUCGCGACGUGCCCCGCUCAGGAUAUUUACUUCCCCAGCGCCAGCUCCGAGGGACGUUACGAGGGUGACGAAUGCAGCUUAGGAGGGUCGCCGUCGCGCACCGGGGUCUGUCGACUGGCUUCGAGAUGCCCGGUCGGCAUCGGGGCCAACGGGGAGCGAUGCGAGUUCAGUGGCAACAAUCCGGUGGUGUGCUGCCCGUCUUCCGAAACCGGGAACCGCAUGACAUCGCGCAUCGCUGAGCAGGAGUGCGAGCGGUUUAGUGGGCAGCCCUCGACGCUGAAGGACCACCUGUCCGGCAAUCGGUUCCGAGUCAAUCGUGGCGAGUUCCCGUUCAUGGCGUUGUUGCGCUUCCACGACGAGGGUGGCUCUCAGAGGAGGUGCGGAGCGUCCCUCAUCUCACGGCGCUUCCUGCUGACAGCGGCACAUUGCGUCCAGAAUGUGGCCCGCGCCAACGUCACGCUGGCCGCUCUCACCGUGGACGACCCAGAAAGUGACGAUUACGAGGUGCGGAACAUGCACAUCCACCAAGGAUAUAAGCGCCGUCAAAACGACAUUGCGCUGCUCGAGCUGGACCGGGACGUGACGUUCGAGUCAACGGUGGGACCGAUCUGUCUCAACACGCAACACCUGGAUAUCGCACCUAACGUUAACUUGACGGUGAUGGGCUGGGGCGUGGACGGUGAGAACACGGAGACCAAACACCUUUACAAGGCGACGGUGGCCCCAGUCGCAACCGAGACGUGCGCAAUGCAGUUCCGUUCGGUGGGCUUGAAUUUUCUCUCCAUUGGCGACAAUCAGCUUUGUGCGCUCGGGGAACGAGCCGGCGAAGAGUACACCGACGCCUGUCAGGGAGACUCAGGCGGACCACUGGUCAUGAGCGUUCGGGGGCGUUUCCUACUCGUAGGCGUUGUCUCCACGGGGGCCCAGUGCGGCUCAACGAUACCGGGCGUGUACACUCGUGUCUCCCGGUAUCUGGACUGGAUAGAAAAGAUUGUGUGGCCAAACUACUGAGCUGUACACCCCGGCAAACUCAGGUCGGAUACAUUGUCCGCUUCAAUAAAACAAUUUCGCUUACUA